AAGGGACUCAACUGGCCCAACCAGUUCCUCUUCUUGCACUGUAUAAAUUGCAGGGUUCCAGGCCGUUGGUGCUAGAUUACAGACCAACUGCCUGCCACAAUGAUCUGCACUCUUAGCAGCAAGGCUGAAUUUGAUGACAAAUUGAAGGAGGCUGGAAGCAAAUUAGUUGUGAUUGACUUCUAUGCAGAUUGGUGUAUGCCUUGCACCAACCUUGCAAAAUGGUACAAUGAACUUCCAGACCAAUAUCCUGAUGUGAUCUUCUGCAAAGUAAACACAGAUGAUGCUGAAGAUUUGGUUGAAGAAUUUGCCAUCCACAGUAUACCAUACAUUCUGCUCUUCAAGGAUGGGAAUAUGAUAAAAGCAGACAACAACAAAGAAGAACUGAAGAAAAAAAUUGAAAGUCUUAAAUGAGUCCAGUCUUUUUCUGAAACCAAGUAAAUAGGAGUAAAAUGCAAAAUUAAGUGAUAAUUCCAUGUGAUAGCAUCAAUUAUGUACAAUAAAACAAUAAACAAUAAUAAAGAUUUAUGUUCAUGUAAA